GUACGAACAGUUCGCUGCUAGCUACAAUGAUAAAUAACGUUAGUGACUACAAUAAGCUACAAUUUCUCGUCUGGCUGGUUUUGAUAGCACAUACUCUGUUGAGGUUAACAAGAAAUUAAACCGUCUUUACAUUAAAAGUCCUAAAUAGCAUUUGAGCUAGCAAGUCAAUCUUUAAGUUACCAAUAGCUCAGACACACGAGACAAGAGACGUUAACGGACAACGGUGAUUCAGCGUGCUGCUAGCUAGAAAGAAAACUAUUGAAAGCCUCAACACCCUAAACAUUCAUUGAUGUUAACGUCAAUGAUUUGAUGUAUAUGGUUUCGGAUCUCGCCAGAGUUAUAUUUAUUGCUGGGUUUCCAUCUACCAAGAUGUAUGGGAUGUCGGGAUGACAGGAAGAUGGCAAACGGGGUUGGAAAACACAAGCUGCUUGUCAUUGGACCAACAGAGCCAUGGUCAGUGAGGGAGAAGCUGUGUUUGGCCACAUCUGUCAUGAAGAGUGGAGACCAGAACUGGGUAUCUGUCAGUCGAGCCAUCAAACCAUUUGCAGAACCCGGACGACCACCCGACUGGUUCUCUCAAAAGCACUGUGCCUCAAAGUACUCCGAGCUCCUGGAAAUAACAGAGGCUCCAAAGCGGAAGCGUGGUGAAAGAGGAGAAGUGGUGGAGACAGUGGAAGACGUGAUAGUACGCAGACUGACAGCUGACAGGAUUGAUGCACUAAAAAAGUUGAUAAUAGAAACACAGGAGAAGCACAGGAAGCUGAAGAAAGAGGCUGAACUUAUUCACGCAGGACGUCUAGAUUCCAAACUAGAAGAGUUAUGGGAAGAAAUUCUGCAGAAGAAGAAACUGGAGGAGGAGGAAGCAGAGUUGAAAAGAAAAAACACAAAUGCUGCUUAUCAGGCCAGACAGGUGGCAAAGAACACACCUAAGCGAGUGCCCACCAUCACCAUGCAUUCGCCCUCAGGCUGUAGCUCCCCAAGCCAGGAGUUCUCACCAGGUGACCCACUCGAGUGCUUGACAUUGGAUCUUGCAUCGACAAAGAAUGUUUCAGGAUCAUGUAGAUUAAUGACAAUUGCUGAGUCUAUUGGACACGGUAAUGAUGACAUCAGCCAAGGGUCACUUGUGGAUGAUUCCACUCAAAAGAAGCUCCUGGGUCAGAAAGCCACACCACCACCAUCUCCACUCCUGUCUGAGUUACUGAAGAAAGGCAAUAUCUUGGCCACAAAUUCCAGACUGAUUGGGGAGGGUGACGUGACAACUGGAAAUAUGACAGGAACACACGACCUGCAGCUGACUCCGCCUAGUCAACCGCUCUCUCAAGCAACAGGUGCCCCGAUGUUGUCUCGUCUUCUGGAGGCUGGUCCCACCCAGUUUUCUGCCCCGUUAGGUUUCAUGAUCAGUGCAGACUCAGCCUCCAGCGCUCCUCUUUCUGCAGCCACUCCUGUGCCUGUUGACUCUACUGCCUCAGCAAGUACAGAGGUGGAUGUGAUGCUGCCUGGAUGCCAGUCUGUCUCUGCAGAGGAUAAGGUGUCACAGCUCAGUGAGGAAGAUGUGACUGUGUCCUACAUGGGGGAUGAGCUGGACAUGAAGACGGUGGGAGACAUAAUCGCCAUAAUUGAGGACAAGGCAGAUGAGACUGCAGAGGCUUUGGAUGCAGCUGCAGUUGAGGCUGCGCUGUCACUGUGCGAGGAGAACGGCCAUGCUUUGUCUGGUGCCUGGGAGGCUGGGCCUUUCCAGCCCCAUGAGUCUCACCCCACAGUGCCCACAGGGGUCCCACAGUCCUCGUCUCUUCACAGUAGCCUGGAGGGGAAGACAGAAGUGUUAGAAGCUCAGGGUGGGACUUCAGCUUCACUCUCCUCUCUGUCCAACAGUCAAGAUAAUGGUCGUGCAGCAUUCCCCAUGGGACUAAGGGGCCUUCCUCCCACCUCCUCAUCCUCACGCAGCUCAAAGAAUUUGGAGCACUGCCACACGGCAGCACCUCCACAGCCUGAGGCGAUGAGAGAGACUGGAGGGUUGGCGCACCAGAAAAGACCGAUUUCAUUGGAUGUCACUGUAAAAUGUGAGAGUGAGAAGUGGGCACAGCACAGACCUGAAAGUCCCCAUGGAGACUCAGUAUUAGAAGAUAGCCCACUGACAGAAAGGCAUCCCAAGGAGAUGAAAGCGGAGGAUGGAAUGAGUGUUCGGGGAGGAGAGAAUGCCUCAGGGACUAAAGUGUACAAUGAGCUCAAUGGGCCAGAAGCCUGUGGAGAAGAAGAGGGUGAUGGUGUGGAGGGAUUCUUUUCGGAGCCAGAUGGCGAGAUGGAGCUAGAACCUGCAGCCAGUGAGAGUGAGGAUGGAUACAGCCUCCACACGGCCUCCUCGUCUCUGCACCUCCACACAACCGCAGACUCCAUCCCCAGCAGCCCUGCCUCAUCGCAGUUUUCUUUGUGCAGUGAGGACCUGGAAGCUCUACAGGCUCACAAGAUCUGGAAGAAAGCCAUUAUGCUGGUGUGGCGUGCAGCGGCCAAUCACAGGUACGCAAAUGUUUUCCUGCAGCCAGUGACAGAUGAAAUUGCACCUGGGUACCACAGUAUUGUGCAGAGGCCCAUGGACCUCACCGUCAUCAAAAAGAGCAUUGAGACUGGUUUGAUACGGACCACCGCUGAGUUCCAGAGGGACAUCAUGCUGAUGUUUCAGAAUGCAGUCAUGUACAACAGCCUGGAUCAUGAUGUGUACCACAUGGCUCUGGAGAUGCAGCGCGACGUCCUCGAGCAGAUCCAGCAGUUUCUGGCUACCCAGCUCAUCAUGGAGACAUCAGAGUCUGGUAUCAGCGCCAAAAGCCUGAGGGGCCGCGAGAGCACACGCAAACCGGACUCUACUGACAAGGACACUGUCUCCAUGUCCUCUCCUGCCUUCCUUCUUUCUCUUUUUGAUGGAGGCACCAGAGGGCGCCGUUGUGCCAUAGAAGCUGACCUCAAGAUGAAGAAAUGAACCGUAUGAAACUUUUAUCCGACACCGUUUACCAGUUGAAGUGACAGGGACUGAAUUUAUUCUGUCAGUUGCACAGAUUCUCGCUCUGCAUAAAAUGCAGUGUAAACUUUAUUUGCACUCUAGAUUAAAUGGGUAGACUGUAAAUGGAGAGGCUCAUUUCCACUCAGACAGCCAUACAGACAUGGAUUACAAACUGUAUAAUCCCAGAUUACAAUGGGGCAGAAAGAAUAGGUCACAUCUUUCAUAGGCAUAGCUGCAGAUCCCUUAGAUUUAGCCUGCUCUGAAUGACAUCAGGUUAAAUGUAGAUAGAAGUUACUCAUAGCCUACUGAGCAGAAAUGUAAGCAUUCACGAGGCCUGGUUGUACUUUAGAUGAGUGUGGGUGAUUUUGAGAAACAUACCAUGUUGAUGAUAUUAUGUAAAACCAGAGGCCAAAGAGUCUGAUUAACCUAGAAGUUCAGAAUGAUCAGGGAGGGGGCGGGCACAUGCUAAUUUCAAACAUUUUCAUUGCUGGUAUAAAAUUAUUUAAGGUUUUGUUUUUUGAGUUUAAAAUUGCUCAGAUCAUUUUUAAAUAAGACUGUAUUGUUUGUGAUGAAUUGAUUUUUAUCUAGGCUACUCUUCCUGUGAAACGGUACCGACAUGCAUUUUGUCAUUUUCAGUAUUUUUGAGGAAAAUGUCACGUUAUUAAACUGUUUUGUGGAUUUUAAAAUGUUUAAACAAUAAAUCUUCACAGAGAGCC